UGGACCUGAAGAGGUAGGGGUUCGGGUUGAAGCUGGUCUGAGGGGCCCAGGGGCUGCUGCGUAGACCCAGCUCCUUGCUGGUGGUGGAUUUCUUCCUACGGGCUAUCUUCCUCCCCGUUUCCCCAGUCUCAGCUCUCCCCAACUCCAACCCUGACCCAGAGAGUAGAGGUCUGAUCUGGAGCCUGGAGGAUAAAGCCAUGUAAGGUCUGUGGAAACUGCUGCAGCCUGUUCAGACCCGCCUCCCAACGCUAGCCCGGGCCUCCCGCUCCUCCCCACUCCUUCCCACCCUCAGAACAGGCAUUGACGACAGAAGAGCUCAGCCAGCGUCCCAGAGCCCCCAGUACAGCCGCCAAGAGAAAUCCUCUCCUGCUGCCCUGAGAACACAGACUCUACACUUGCAGAAGCCUGUCCCUCCUCAAGGCACAAUGACUCAGAAGACUACCUUGGUGCUCCUUGCUCUGGCUGUCAUCACCAUCUUUGCCUUGGUUUGUGUCUUGCUAGCCGGCAGAAGCGGAGAUGGGGGUGGACCCAGCCAACCGCCCCUUUGCAACUCCAUACCCCCUAGUGCCCAGCCCUGGACUCACCCUGACCAGAGCCAGCUGUUCGCAGACCUGAGCCCAGAGGAGCUGACGGCUGUGAUGAGCUUUCUGACCCAGCGGCUGGGGUCAGGGCUGGUGGACGCAGCCCAGGCUCGGCCCUCGGACAACUGUGUCUUCUCAGUGGAGCUGCAGCUGCCCCCCAAGGCUGCAGCCCUUGCCCACCUGGACAGAGGGGGCCCCAUACCUGCCCGGGAGGCUCUGGCCAUCGUCUUCUUUGGUGCCCAGCCCCAACCCAAUGUGAGUGAAUUGGUGGUGGGGCCGCUGCCUCAUCCCUCCUACAUGCGGGAUGUGACUGUGGAGCGUUAUGGGGGUCCCCUAUCCUAUCACCAGCGACCCGUAACAUUUAGGGAAUACCUGGACAUAGACCAGAUGAUUCUUGACAGGGAGCUACCCCAGGCCUCUGGGCUCCUUCACCACUGUUGCUUCUACAAACGCCAGGGACACAACCUGGUGACAAUGACCACAGCCCCCCGUGGUCUGCAACCAGGGGACCGGGCCACUUGGUUUGGUGUCUACUACAACCACUCAGGGGCCGGGAUUUUCCUGCAUCCCAUUGGAUUAGAGCUGCUGGUGGACCACAGAGCCCUGGACCUGGCCCGCUGGACCAUCCGGAAGGUGUUCUAUCAAGGCCGCUAUUAUGAGAGUCUGGCCCAGCUGGAGGACCAGUUUGAGUCUGGUCUGGUGAAUGUGGUGGUCGUUCCAAACAAUGGAACAGGUGGGUCCUGGUCCCUGAAGUCCUCCGUGCCACCGGGUCCAGUUCCCCCUCUUCAGUUCCAUCCCCAGGGCCCCCGUUUCAGUAUCAAAGGGAGUCAAGUGGCCUCCUCACUGUGGACUUUCUCUUUUGGCCUUGGAGCUUUCAAUGGCCCGAGGAUCUUUGACAUACGUUUUCAAGGGGAAAGGGUGGCCUAUGAAGUCAGCGUCCAGGAGGCCGUGGCUGUGUACGGUGGCAAUUCCCCGGCAGCGAUGAUGACCCGCUAUAUGGAUGGUAGUUUUGGCAUUGGCAAAUUCUCUACCCCCCUGACCCGUGGGGUAGACUGUCCGUACCUGGCCACCUAUGUGGACUGGCAUUUCCUUCAGGAGUCCCAGACCCCCAAGACACUACGUGAUGCCUUUUGUGUGUUUGAACAGAACCAGGGCCUCCCUCUGCGGCGGCACCAUUCAGAUCUAUACUCCCACUAUUUUGGUGGACUUACGGAGACAGUGCUGAUCGUCAGGUCUGUGUCCACCUUGCUCAACUAUGACUACCUGUGGGACAUGAUCUUCCACCCCAAUGGGGCCAUCGAAGUCAAGUUUCAUGCCACAGGCUACAUCAGCUCAGCAUUCCUCUUUGGUACUGCCCAAAGGUAUGGGAAUCGAGUUGGGGAACACACACUGGGCACAGUUCACACCCACAGUGCCCACUUUAAGGUGGAUCUGGAUGUGGCAGGACUGCAGAACUGGGUCUGGGCAGAGGACAUGGUCUUUGUCCCCAGUGCUGCGCCCUGGAGCCCUGAGCACCAAAUACAGAGAAUGCAGGUGACCCGGAAGAUGCUGGAGACAGAAGAACAGGCCACCUUCCCCUUAGGAGGGGCCAUCCCCCGCUACCUGUACCUGGCCAGCAACCACAGCAACAGGUGGGGUCACCGGCGGGGGUACCGCAUCCAGACGCUCAGCUCUGCCGGGGAGCCGCUGCCUCACAACAGCGCCAUGGAGAAAGCGUUCAGCUGGGAGAGGUACCAGUUGGUUGUGACCCAGCGGAAGGAGAAGGAGCCCAGCAGUACCAGCAUCUUCAAUCAGAAUGACCCUCGGGCCCCCGCUGUGGAUUUCAGUGAUUUCAUCAACAAUGAGACCAUUGCUGGGGAGGACUUGGUGGCGUGGGUGACAGCUGGUUUCCUACACAUUCCCCAUGCGGAGGACAUUCCCAACACAGUGACAGUGGGAAAUGGAGCGGGCUUCUUGCUCCGACCCUACAACUUCUUUGAUGAGGACCCCUCCCUCUACUCUCCCGACUCCAUCUACUUCCAAGAAGACCAAGAUGCCGGGGCCUGUGAGGUCAACCCCCUGGCCUGCCUGUCCCAGGCUGCUGCCUGUGUCCCUGACCUCCCUGCCUUCUCUCAUGGGGGCUUUUCUCACUAUUAGGUGGUCCCUGGAUGGACUAUGUGGCCUAGGGACCCAGGGUCAGGGCGGGAGGGAUGGGGCGGCCGCUCGACACUGUGUGGGACAGUCUGGUUUCCUCGGCCAGUUCCCCACAUCCCUGGCACUCCUCCCUCCUGCUGUGCUCCUCUGCCUCCCCUCCCUCCAGAAGCAUCUUGAGCCUGUGACGCCUGACACGGGGACACUAGGUUUUGUUGAUGCCAGCUGUGCUGCGUUCCCACCUCACAGGGGAGGGAUGGCCUGGCCAGGAGCCUGGCUAUGCUUUAUGAUCUUUUUUCUUUCUUUUGCCUUCUGGCUUUCCCAAAACUUUUAGGGCAUCUUUGAGGACUCUGCAAUGGUGAAAAAUCCCCUAGCUAGAAUGGGUCUCUUCUCCUCACAUUGCUUCUUGUGCAACUCCCUUCCUUCUCUCUUUUUCCUCCUUCUAGCCUUCUGCGUCCUCCUGUAAUUCCUGUCUGGCCUCACCUUCUGGGAUUCUCGCUGUGGUGUUUCCCCUAGGCUGCCUUUCCCUGAGCCUGUGGAAGUCUCAGAGAUGUGAUGGGACGCGUCACUGGAGUCACAGGUCCAUCCAUGACUAUCCUCCCAUGUCUGUCACAUAUCCGAGAUCAGAGCUGUGCUGGGUGUGGUGGUGCAGAGGUAGCAGGAUCACCGUGAGUUCAAGGCCACCCUGAGACUCCAUAGUGAAUUCCAGGUCAGCCUGGGGCUAGAGUGAGACCCUCCCUCGAAAAACCAAAAAA